AUGUCACAUCCAGACUUUAUACGCGCGAAAGUUAUCGAUCAAGAGCGGCUUGCCAAAUCUGAGCCGAUCAGUGACAACAAACAACCUGUCACACUUGCUACUCCGAAUUCAUCCAUAACAGCCAUGGCCGGUCCUCUGGGUCUCUCCUUUGCACCGUACAUCCGGUCCUCCCCCACGCUUAGCAAAAUAUUCGCUCCGGCGGCCAAGUGGUAUGCUGGCGGCUCUCUCUACAGGCAGUAUGGCUUGCUGUAUGACGACCUCUUGAUUGAGGAGCGCCCGGAAGUCCAGAAGGCCCUCGCUCGCCUGACUCCUCGUGAAGCCUAUGAUCGCCAAUUCCGUAUCAAGCGUGCUUCUCAAGCCGACGUUCUCCACGCGCCCCUCUCCAAAGACCUUUGGACCAAGCCGGAAGAUGACAUCCGUUACCUCCUUCCCCAUGUCGAAGCUGUUGAGAGCGAGCUGAAGGAACGAGCUUCCUGGGACAGUCUGGAAGUCCAUAGAAAACAUUAGAUGCAGAUGAUUCACCCGUCGUCAUGUUGCUACUUGAAUGCCAGUCGUACAUUCCAGGAGAGAC